AAUUUUCAUUUUAAAUUUUAAACUAAUCCUUUAACUGGCAAGUUUCAAAUUCUUGUCAAUGAUUUUAUUGAAAGUUCAAAUACUGGAAACAUUAGCUAUGUUUGCAUUCACCUAUUUUCAUGCAAAUUUUGGGAUAUCACAUAAAAAAAAAAAAAAAAAAAAAACACUGGAUGGAAACGCCAAGAUGCGCAUAAAUUCUAAAAAUGUGCAUAAUGCGUUCAACUCAAAAACAAACAAACAAACAAAAAAAAAACACAAGAAUUUACCUCCACAGUGGAUGUGAUUGGAUAGCUGAACUAACCAGCGGCCCUAUCCCAUUGCACAGCAUCUCAAAUGUUUUGGUCAUUUGGUCAUCCAAAGUCUGUCAUCAGAAUGAUUUGGUAUAAUUAUCUCUGAGAACUGUCUAACAUAAUUGCAUUCCCUAGCAACAGGCAUCAGUGGCUUCCCCGAUUGCAGCAACUUCAAUUUUAUCAAAAAUAAGACAAAAAUUAUAAUUAUCAGUCUUGGAUAAAAUAUACCUUAAACUCAAUCAAACACAAUAUGCAAUCAUGGUCUCUGUGAACAUAUUUCAGUAAAUGUCCAUUUUGUUCAGUGUUUUAUUUUAUCUCAUAUUAUUGAAAAAUGACUUUACUGUCAUCAUUAGCAUAACUUUACAGCACCACAAAUCAAACUUACUGGCCUAAAACUAGAGCAUCCCAGUCUAUAUUUUUCAUCACAAUUGGGAGAUAAAUGUAACAAUGUAACAUCUAACAGGUGUCCGACAAUAUCCCCUACAAUGAUAAUUGGAUAUAGAUGUCACUAUGAAAAGCAUCCACAGAAAACUUAACCAUUAAAAAUGGUUGAUGACAACUGACUGGUAAAAGAAAGAAUAAAACUGAAUAACGCCGUCUGUGAGCACCUGACCAUCCUUGUCUCUAAUUGCAGAAAUAGCAGAACUUGAUUCAUCAUACUUCAAUCGCAGAGCCUUUCCUUGCCUUUCUCUAUCACAUAAUAAUGCCACCCAGUACUGUGCAAAAUAAAUGCAACUCUAGACAUCGAGAGGGAAUGCUAUUUGUCUUUCAAUGCAAUAAGCAAGGUAGCUAUUUCCUCUGAGAGAUCAACAAUGCGCCUGCUAUAUUCAAGCGACUUUAUUUUACUCUCAAGAUCAGAGUCUCUUAUUCUUUGUGAUAUAGAGAGAUGGAACAAAAUGCAAUACAAUUCACCCUAUAAAGCACUUUGCAGUUUCCCAUAAUGCUUCUGGGCAUUAUGAUCUCCAUGCAGUUCUAAGUAAUCAUUGUCUUCUUGGAGAGCAAAGGAGUGUUAAACCUGCACCUAACAGAUGUCAUUAAGACAUAGGCCCUAGGUAGAAAAAAAAAAAGAGAAAUUAAUUGAAAUGAAAGUAAUAUGGGCAUAAUGUCUGCCUGAACACUAGGGGAUAGUAGGAUGGGUGAUAGAAAUAUGUAAUCAGUCCUGGAUUGAGAUUUAUGAUGAGCAAGAUAAAAGCUGUUCCACCUGACACUGAGGCUUUAGCGUAAGCAUAAGUCUCAUAUGUUCAAGUCAUUAAUAAAAGACAUCAGCAAGUCAAGUGACUCCUUAGAAUCAUCUCAGACUGUGUUACUGAAUUUGUCCAUUGCUACAUGAAACUCUGGAAUUGUAGUGAUUUCUACCGGUGACAGUGAUUUUUGAUCACAUGUCACUUAAAGGUGCAAUAGGUGAUUCUCUACAGAAACAUUUUUUUGGUUGAAAGUCUCCUCAUAUCCUGAUAGCAAUCACUAUGUUAAGCAGUCUAAAUGUAUUUUUAUAAAUAUAUAUCGUCUGUGGAAGUCGUAGGACCAUAAAAUGUUCGUUCAAUCAUUGCAUUCGGUCCGAACUAAAUGAUAGCAUGUUCCCCCUGUUGGUCAAUGUGUGUUUGCACACCACUGCGCAGCCUGUUCACUCAGAUAUCAUACAUCAUCAUCAGCGCAUUUCUUGUAUGCUGUGCAGACAGAGCGAGAAUGGCAGGCAAAAAUCAACAACCUAACUUUCCUUUAUGAAUUAGCUCAAUGACAGCAGCACUUAGCGUCAAAUCGGAAACUAUUUUUAUGUAAGUUUUCUCACCAGGGAAUGACACAUGAUGUAAUCUGUUGUGAAUUCUUUAUAUUAUGUUUUUUUCUGUAUUAUCUGCUGCUGUGUUCUCAAUCAGUUAAGGGUUUGUAGUAAUUAUUCUACAUAUGAAAAUGACGUGUUACGCAAGUCGUAGUGAAUACAGUUUUGGCGUAAGUGACGCAUACUCCGUUGCGCAUACGGAGCCAUCAGUAUAUGACGCAUUUUCCACCCGUGCAUCAUCUUUGAUUGCAGGACAAAGUUAUUGACAAAAAACUACCUCCAAUGCAUAAUGUGUAUAUGGUGAAACCCUGCACAAAAUAAAAGGUGGAAAAGAUGUGAUGACUCCUACUCCCUGAUCAGAGUGCUGAAGUGGUUAAGAACAUUAAAGAACCGGCAUUCAGUGGGGCAAUCCCCAACAAAUGGUCCUUCGAGCCGGAUCCUUGACUGCAUCAGAAUGUCAUCAGAUGGCAAACCAUCAUCCGCUUCCCAUACUGAUACUCAAGCAAGACCCUCACGGCGAUGUCAGACCCCCAAGCGCUUUGAAGAUUACAUCCUUGACUUCCAUCACCGACCUGCCCUUUCCUCCAGUCCUGUUCAGAGGGAGUCAGAGCAGCAGAGAGGAGCAGCAGCCGCAGUGUAUACUAGUCAAGCAGAUGCAGUCACCAGUCAAGGUGGACAUCGAAUCACGCCCAGUCCGAGUCAAGCAGAUGUAUUGAGUAUGGACUCAUUGACAAAACUCAUGGAGUCUAUGAACGAGAGGGAGAAAGAGGAGAAUGUUGAAAUGGACAGUCUUCUCAGAAAAUUAGAUCAGCUUAAGAAACGUAAGCACCGCCGAAGCGAGAUGAUGGAACACAUUAAAACGUUCUUGAGGGAGGAACAGGAAGAUAAGGACAAUGAACCAGUACAGGCUGUAUCGCCACAAUCAUCUCCAGCACCUUCUAAUUCAUCAAGCCCUCUUCCCUCACAUUCAUAUGACCCUGCAUCACAUGCUGGGAAACAAGCUGAAUGCACAUCGGUGAGACAUGAGGAAAAGUCAGUUAAAACAGGUGCUAUUCCUAAAGCGGGGCUGGAGAGUCGCAGCCUUGGAUUCACUCCCAUUCAUCCACAUCAGCCAAGAACUACGGGUUCAACAUAUUCCCCUAUCUCCUCUGGCGUGGCAUCUCCUGUCUCACAUCUGUCACUGCAACCACUAUUUCAGCCUGUUCCCACCCAUUCUCUCACGCUUCCGCUCAGUCAAGAACGAGCUGUAACUCAUGAUGCCGAACAUUCAUUCCAGCCGCAGCAGCUGAUUGCGUCAGCACCUGCCUAUCAACAUCCUACAGUACCUCAUGGCUAUCUUGCAAAGCCACAUACGCAGAUGCAGCUGGUGAAUGAACCUACCUCAUUCAGUUGUGUCCCUCCUUACCAAACAAUGAUGUCAUCAGCAUUAUCAUCUCAAAACGUGAUACCUGGGUUUGUCCCUUCAGUGAACACUGCAGCAGUUGUCGCUCCUCCACAGCUGAUACCAAACCGGACUGUAGCUCCGCAGGGUGGCAGUAUACCGCAACGGACAUUGUAUAGCCCCCCUAAACCUAAAAUUCCAGACUUCACAAGUGACAGUGAGAAGGAAUUUGCUAAUAUGAAGCUGGCAUUGGACAACUUGCUUGAGCCUUACCCAGAGUUAUCAGAGAAAUAUAAAUACCAUGUACUGUUGGAACAUCUGAAACUGCCUGAAGCUCAAAUGAUAGGGCAGUCAUGCCGGCAUCAUCCCUAUCCGUAUUCAGCAGCUAUGCAAGCACUUCAACUGCAGUAUGGUCAGCCGCAUCAACUGGCUCAAAGUGAGAUAGCUGCCAUCCUCACAUCACCAGAUGUCAAGCCCAAUGAUAGCCACAGCUUUCAGAGCUUUGCUUUGCGUGUCCAUCUCCUAGUCAGUAUGCUGCUGUCCCUAGAGGGACCCAGAGGGAUGGAGCUUAAUUGCUGCUCACACGUAGACCGCCUACUUAGCAAGCUGCCAAAGUAUCUGCGGGAUGGCUUCAUUGAGUUCCUUCAACAGCAGGGAAAGCUCAACUCCAUAAAUCUUAACCCCUAUAAUCUGCAGGACUUCGCUGGGUGGCUGCAAGUCAAAGCACAACAGCAGAGACUGUCUAUUCGAUUAGUACAGCGCUACCAGCAUGAGAAACUUCCAGGUGUUAGUAAAGCGAAAUCCUCAGCUAAAAUAAAGGGACCAAGUCUAGUUCUUUAUCAUGGUGCAUCCCCUGCCGAGACUGUGCUUUCUACUCGUCCCAAAGAACCCAAGCAAAAGAAAACAUUCAAGGUACACUGCCUCUUUUGCAACAGUAAAGAGCACUACAUUACACGCUGUGAUAACCUCAAAGAGCAGUCGGUUGCUGACCUGCAGAAGUGGAUAUCUGAUGGAAAAAGAUGCUGGCGAUGUGCACGAUUGCAUGUACCAGAGAUGUGCAACCUCAAAAAGCCAUGCAGUGACUGUGGUGGAAUACAUCUUCAAGUGCUUCACCGUAUAGCACGCGAUGAUCCAGCGAACAGCUCAAGUACAUCAGAGAGUCGCAUUUACCUCACACCAGCUAGUGCGACAUGCAGAGUGCUUCUCAAAGUGGUACCAGUGCUGUUACACAGUAAGUUCAAUUCUGUGGAGACUUAUGCUGUACUAGACGAUGGAGCACAGCGCACCAUGAUCUUACCGAUAGCUGUCCAAAGGCUACAGUUGGAGGGUGAACCAGAAACACUAGCUCUACGCACAGUACGAUCUGACAUCACUCACCUUUCUGGGUCCAAGAUAAACCUGGAAAUCUCUCCAAAGAGUGAACCAAAGAGGCGCUUCCAGAUACUUGGGGCCUUCACAGCUUCGGGUCUGGACUUAGUAGAGCAAUCAUAUCCCGUGCAGAGACUUCAGAAACGGUAUGCUCACCUCAGAGGGCUUCCUUUACAGUCCUUCCACAAUGUGCGUCCACUGGUACUGAUAGGAUCAGACCAUGUCCAUCUUAUCACAGCAGAUAAGCCAGUCCGUCAAGGAACUAAAGGUGGUCCAGCUGCAGUGCACACAGCCCUUGGGUGGGCCCUACAGGGGGCUGAGGAGAGCACACCAAGCCUCAACUCAGUACAGCAAUGUCUUUUCAUGUCAACUGCUUGUCCCAAUGACUUGCUCUAUCAUAAUGUUGAGAAGUUAUGGCAACUUGACGUCCUGCCUUAUCGGAAUGAAAAACUGGUGGUUCGAUCCAGGGAAGAUCAAGAAGCAAUUAAACUUCUCGAAAGCAGAACGCAAAGGGUUAUGGUGGAAGGAGUUCAACGUUAUGCCACACCCCUCUUGCGUAAACCUGGUGCUGCAAAACUCAUCAGCCCGAUUCAAUCAGGCAUGCCCAGUCUGAGGAGUACAGAGAGGAAACUUAAGGGAGACCCAGAGAAAGCUUCCAUCUACUCUGGUGAGAUCAAUAAACUCAUCAAGGCAGGUUAUGUUACUAAGCUCCAACCUGAAGAAGUUACAGAGUCAGAGGAGGCCUGGUACAUUCCCCACCACCUGGUGUGCCACAAUGAUAAACCAAGACUGGUCUUCAAUUGCUCAUUCAGGUAUCAAGGUCUGUCUCUGAAUGAUCAGCUUCUGCCAGGGCCUGCUCUUGGCCCAUCAUUGUUGGGCGUCCUCUUAAGAUUCAGACAACAUCAAGUGGCUGUAAGUGCGGAUAUUCGUGGAAUGUUCCAUCAGGUCCGCUUGUUGCCUGAGGACAGACCUCUGCUCCGCUUCAUCUGGCGAGAUUUGCACUAUGAGAACUGUCCAGAUGUUUACGAAUGGCAAGUUUUGCCGUUUGGCACAACCAGCAGCCCAUGUUGUGCCAUUUUUGCUGUGCAACAGCAUGCUCGCAAUAACCAAGACAGUAACCCAGGUGCUCUGAAAACAGUGCAGCAGAGUUUUUAUGUGGACAAUUAUCUGGAAAGCUUUCCAACCAUAUCAGAGGCCAAACUGACAGUUGAUCACCUGCGCAAUCUGCUGGCAUCCGGUGGAUUUGACCUCAGACAAUGGGCUUGCAACCAGCCAUCAGUAAUAUCACAUCUACCUACGGAAGCAAGGUCCUUGGCUGCAGAACAGUGGCUUGGGCAGAACAGGACUGAUCCAAUGGAGCCAACUCUGGGCCUUAGGUGGAAUUGUGCUGCUGAUACACUAGGAUACCACUAUCGUCCCAUUGAACAUGCCGCACUAGCAACACAGUAUGAUCCCUUGGGCUUCAUCGUGCCGUUUACCACGCGAGCAAAGGUGCUCAUUCAACAACUAUGGUCUAAAAAAAGAGAUUGA